UUUGCAGGUGUCCAGUGUGAGGUGCAGCUGGUGGAGUCUGGGGGAGGCUUGGUCCAGCCUGGGGCGUCCCUGAGACUCUCCUGUGCAGCCUCCGGAUUCACCUUCAGUGAUUACUACAUGUAUUGGGUUCGCCAGGCUCCAGGGAAGGGGCUGGAGUGGGUUGGUUUUAUUAGAAACCAGGCUAAUGGUGGGACAGCAGAAUAUGCUGCAUCUGUGAAAGGCAGAUUCACCAUCUCACGGGAUGAUUCCAAAAGCACUGUCUCUGUGCAAAUGAACAGUCUGAGAGCCGAGGACACGGCCCUGUACUACUGCUCCCAACAUGGAUUCUAUCUGACAGGAUUCGAGGGCAGAGGGACCCACCGACAUGUGGCAGUUUGUGACCAGGAUGUGUCUGUGUUUGCAGGUGUCCAGUGUGAGGUGCAGCUGGUGGAGUCUGGGGGAGGCUUGGUCCAGCCUGGGGGGUCCCUGAGACUCUCCUGUGCAGCCUCUGGAUUCACCUUCAGCAGCUAUGACAUGAGCUGGGUCCGCCAGGCUCCAGGGAAGUGGCUGCAGUGGGUCUCAUACAUUAGUAGUCCUAGUGGUAGCAGCACAAGCUACGCAGACGCCGUGAAGGGCCGAUUCACCAUCUCCAGAGACAACGGCAAGAACACGCUGUCUCUGCAAAUGAACAGUCUGAGAGCCGAGGACACGGCCCUGUACUACUGUGCCAGAGACACAGUGAUCUCUGAGUUAGAUGUGUUUGUGGAUUCGAGGGCAGAGGGACCCACCGACAUGUAG